CAUAUAAAAUGCCAAGGCGGCCUUCUUCUCCCUCCUCACCUGGCUUCCAGAGAGGAGGAGGAGGAGGGAGGAACACGGGGCACAGGGGCGUCCGGAAUUUCCUCCGAUUCCGUUUACCGCGAAACCUCUGCCUCGAAGAAUCCAUUCCUCUGCUUGAUCUGUAUUUCUCCUGGUGGAGAAGAGAAGCGGAGAAUUACUAGUCCCGGAAGGUGAAUUGGAGGGCGCGGAGGCGCGAGCGGUGUUUUCAGCAUUUCAUACCUUCUACACUGGAAUUUCAGCCCGUCGGGAAAUGGAGAAAGAGGGGAGAAACCACUACCACACGCGGGGCUCCUCGCGCGGUGGCAGCGGUGGCACCGCGGCGGAGCGCGACCUGCUGUUACAGUGGGGCAACCGGAAGCGCCUGCGCUGCGUCAAGGUGCAACGUCGCGACGUCGAGGCCGCCGCCACCGCGGCCGCCGAGAAGGCCGCCAUCGGCCAGCGCCGCGCCGCCGCGGCGGCAGCAGUAGCGGCCGCGCAGCACCACCCAACCGGCCAUGCCCAUCACCGCGUCCUCAGGAACUCGGAAGAGUUUGCAACCAUGAAAUCGCCAGCACAGCAACAACAGAACAACGGCAUCCACACGGUUGCUUCACCAGACAGGGAACGCCCUGGUAGAGGUUGCAACAACAACGGAGCUCCACAGACCUUUCCAGAUGACAAGAAAGGCUCUUCAUCAGGGAGUGAGGGAUCCAUCUGGCCAAAGUUUGCAAUCGCCCUGUCAAACAGGGAAAAGGAAGAGGAUUUUCUGGUUUUCAAGGGAUCCAAGCUGCCUCAAAGACCCAAGAAAAGAGCCAAAGUCAUCCAGAGAACUGUCAAUUUUGUCUGCCCGGGAACGUGGCUUUGUGACUUGACUUUGGAAAGAUAUGAAGUCCGAGAGAAGAAGGUUUCCAAGAAGCGCCCCAGGGGACUGAAAGCUAUGCACGAUAUGGACAGCGACUCAGAAUAAAAGGAGAACACUGAACGUGAGAAGGUGAGUAUUAGAAAGAAGGCCAGCACAGAUCUAAGUCCAACAGAUGAAGAAUGACGGCAAAAGCGUACUGAUCGAAUGAUUGGUCGGUUCACCAUUUCUCGAGAUUGCUACUGGAGAUCAAUGUCUUCCAAAAGAAGUUGAGGGAAUCGAGGACGAGAGAAAUGACAGAAUUUGCAAAGAACAACGCAGAGGGGCUGCAGGAGCAGGAACUUUUACAAGCCUGCUUUUGUUACUGUGAACAUUAGCUACGACUUACUUCCUGUAAAGCAGCCGCGCAUUUUUGCAAGCCCCUCAUGUUAAUAACGGCCGACUACAUCUUGCGUUGUCAAAAGCCAAAGUAAUCCCGAGAGCAAUCCAGGUGCUCGCGUAAUUUGCCAAGUUCUGACAAUAAACUUCAUAUGAAUCUGAAAGGGCCUUCAGGAACUCUUCUUUUUUUUUCUUUUUCUUUUACCUCCUGGUGCUGUAACUGUUCGGUGUAUAUUCAGUCUGGAGCAUGAGACAGUGUCGAGUGUCAGUUGAUCAGGCAGCACAAAUGAUUGGACCUCUUCUAUAAUUCCGGACGAAGACUUGUAAAAAUAGGAAGUUUUCAGUAAUUUUUGUUACAGUUCCA